CACACACACACACACAUACAAUUAUACUCCUUCCAUAUGGGAAUUUCAUAAAAUAUAACGUUUUCCAUUUGCAGCAUAUCCCAUAACCGAAGCAUUCAUCCACAAACAUGUUUCUCAAGCUGAAGGAUAGAGGAAAUUAAACCUCAAGAACAUAGGAAUAGAAAUCAUCUGGCAUAAUCAUGGAUCAACUUUCUUCAUCUCUCAAGAAAUCAUUCGUACCUCAUGGUUCCUAUAAGAAAAAGGUUUCCGUUGCCCACGAUAUCGAAAACCAACCCAUCCUCGCUCACCAAAGCCCCGAAGCCCCGUCUGUUUCUUCCUCCGUCAACUCGUCCUCGUUGACGACAGGAUCCUCUGUUGAUCUUAAUGACCGCCGGGAAGUCAUUGUCAAGAUCGACGGUGGAGACAAAACCAAUGGAAACGAACGCAACAUGUUAUGGCACGAGCCAAGUUACGAAUUCUGGAGAGGAGAUACGAAUAGCGGGCCCCAAAGCAGUGGCCCGACACCGACAUUCCAACGUGGCAAGGACAUGCCUGAGGAUCCCCCCUCAAGAUUAAUUGGACAGUUCUUGAAUAAACAAAGAGCUGUUGGAUGUGAAAUGACAUUGGACAUGGACCUGGAAAUGGACGAGCUGAGGAAUCAUCCAAAACCUGAAAAUGAUCAUAGCGCUGCUGGAUCCAGCCCCAUAAUGUUUCCUCCUGAUUACGAACAUAAUCAUCAUUAUACGACAUCAAAAGAUCUUAGAGUUUCAUUUCAGGCUCCGUCACCACCUAGUAAUGUGGUUGACAUCGAGCCUGACCAACCUUAUAAUAAUGAAAAUGAGUAUUGCUCGACCGAUGAAGAGGAUGAUGGUGAAACUAGCGAAUCAACACCCGAUGAGCAAAAGUAUCUUAGCCGAAGAAGGACCAUAAACAUGAAUAAUUCUCCUCCAGAUGAUACUAAUAACAGCAACAAUACUUAUUACACUCCUAAAAACGGUGCUGGUGAUACUGAUCAGGUGCUUAGGUGCACUUCCUUUCAAAGAAGAGCGAGCGUGUUAGGGAGAGUAAAGACAAAAUCAAGACUAAUUGACCCGCCCGAGAUACCUGAGAGGAAAUCAGGAAAAAUUGGGAAAUCAGGUCAGAUAAGAUCUGGACUGUUAGGAAGAGCUUCCGGGAUGCUAAAGCCAAUGGAGGAGGAAGACGAUGAUCCAUUAUUCGAUGAAGAUCUUCCAGAUGAAUAUAAAAAGGACAAACUUGAUUGCUGGACGCUGUUACAAUGGAUAAGUCUUAUUCUUAUUGUUACAGCUUUAAUCUGCACACUGACUAUCCCUUUAUUGAAGAGAGAAGUAUACAAAGGACUUCAUUUGUGGAAAUGGGAAGUUUUGAUUCUUGUUUUAAUAUGUGGGAGAUUGUUAUCAGGAUGGGUGAUUCGGUUAGUUGUGUUCUUUAUUGAGAAGAAUUUUCUCUUGCGGAAAAGGGUACUUUAUUUCGUAUAUGGUGUUAGAAAGGCUGUUCAGAAUUGUCUUUGGUUAGGCUUGGUUUUAAUUGCUUGGCAUUUCAUGUUUGAUCAGAAAGUUGACAAGGGUAAUAAGUUUUUGGACUACGUCAAUAAACUGAUGAUAUGUAUGUUAAUUGGGACAAUGUUAUGGUUGGUGAAAACUCUCAUGGUUAAAGUCCUAGCAUCUUCAUUUCAUGUUAGUACUUUCUUCGAUCGAAUUCAAGAGUCGUUGUUCAAUCAGUAUGUGAUUGAGACAUUAUCAGGUCCGCCUCUGCUGGAGAUUCAUCGAUCUCAAGAAGAAGAGGACAGAACAAUGGCUGAAGUUUGGAAGCUACAGAAUAUUGCAGGGGCACAGUUGCCACCAGAACUUAGGCCCCCUGUUGCUCCUCAAUACAGUAGUAAGGGUGCAAGUGUUAAUGGUGGACAAACACCGACACCAAAACCAUCAAGAACAGUAAGUAUUGCGAUUUCUGGUAUUUCUGGUCCCUUGUCAAAGAAUCCAGAUGAACAGAACCAAGGGAUAUCCAUUGAUCAUUUGCAUAAGUUGAAUCCAAAGAAUAUUUCAGCUUGGAAUAUGAAGAGAUUGAUUAAAAUAGUAAGGUAUGGGGUAAUAUCUACGUUGGAUGAGCAAAUACUGGAUACCAAAACAGAAGACGACUCUACUACACAGAUUAGAAGUGAAUAUGAGGCCAAAGUUGCUGCCAGGAAGAUAUUCAGAAAUGUUGCCAAGCCUAGGUCCAAGUUCAUCUAUCUGAAGGACUUAAGUUGCUUCUUGCGAGAAGAAGAAGCUUUGAAGACUAUGAACCUAGUGGAAGGAUCACCGGACAGAGAAAGGAUCAGUAGAGCAUCACUCAAGAACUGGGUGGUGAACGCAUUUAGAGAACGAAGAGCUCUUGCUUUGACGCUAAAUGAUACAAAAACAGCAGUGAACAAACUUCAUCAGAUGGUGAAUGUUUUAGUCAGCGUCAUCAUUCUGCUCAUCUGCCUUGUGAUUUUGGGGAUCGCAACCAGCAAGUUCUUGCUCUUCGUCAGCUCUCAAGUCGUUGUGGUGGCAUUUGUAUUUGGCAACACAUGCAAAACCGUAUUUGAAUCUAUCAUUUUCUUAUUUGUGAUGCAUCCCUUUGAUGUGGGCGACCGAUGUGAGGUGGAUGGAGUUCAGAUGAUUGUUGAAGAGAUGAAUAUUUUAACUACUGUCUUUCUGAGAUUUGACAACCAAAAGAUAAUAUAUCCAAAUAGUACUCUUUCAACACGACCUAUUGGCAAUUAUUACCGUAGUCCUGAUAUGGGAGACACGGUUGAUUUUACGGUCCACAUUGCUACACCAGCAGAGAAAAUUGCUGCCAUGAAACAAAGAAUAACCAGUUAUAUUGAGAGCAAGAAGGACCACUGGUAUCCCUCUCCUUUGGUUGUAUUGAUGAACCUAGAAGAUCUAAACAGGUUGAAACUGUCCGUAUGGAUCAGACAUAGAAUCAACCAUCAGGACAUGGGAGAGAGAUGGCUCAGACGAGCUCAAUUGGUUGAGGAGAUGGUUAAAAUUUUCAAAGAGCUCGACAUUGAGUACCGACUGUAUCCCAUUGACAUCAAUAUUCGUGGUAUGCCUCCCAUCACCUCUAACAGGUUUCCCUCAACUUGGCCUACUGCUGGGAAUUAAGCAAGAAAAUCUAAUAGGGAUUGGCUCGCAGAUGCUCCAAUUUCCAGAGGCGAGAGUUAUAUUUUUGGUGUUCAUUUAUUAGCAUAGAACAUCAAGCCAUGGGGUUUUUGGUGUCUUACCCUUGAUGGUCUCGGCAUACGUUGUUUUCCACUUUUGAAAGUAGAUAAGGUUCCAAUAAUUAGCAUUUUUUCCCUUCUAACAUAGGCAGAUUCAGGAUUUGGGGUACAAAGUACCACUACUUCAUCCACAUAGUGACAAUGGUAGUAAAACUAGUAUAAAUACAUAUUACUAAUAUUUUUUGUUUUAAAGCAUGCAAUUAUAUAAAAUAGUUUGAAGCAAAAGUAAU